AUGGAUUCAAAGAAGAAGCAAGUCUCCUUGGAGCUACUUCCAUGGUUAGUUGUUCACAGCGACGGAACGAUAGAGAGAUUAGCGGGAAACGGGGUUUGUCCUCCCGGUUUAGAUCCAGAAACCAAGGUUUUGUCCAAAGAUAUCAUCAUUGAUCCCAAAACCGGCCUAUCUGCAAGAAUCUACCGACCCGACACGAUUCAACCCGACCAAAAGCUUCCUCUCGUGCUCUAUUUCCAUGGCGGUGGAUUUCUCAUCUCCUCGGCUUCCUUUCCUAAUUACCACACCAGCCUUAACAAACUCGUCGCUCAGGCUAACAUCAUCGCUGUCUCUGUUGAUUACAGACUAGCACCAGAACAUCCACUACCUAUUGCUUACGAAGAUUCAUGGAACGCGUUACAAGGGAUCCAAGCCGGGAACGAGCCCUGGAUCAACGACUACGCCGACUUGGACCGUUUCUUCCUAGCCGGAGACAGCGCGGGAGCUAACAUCUCGCACCAUCUCGCUUUCCGAGCUAAACAGUCUGAUCCUGUUACGGGUCGGACCGUGAAGAUCAAAGGGAUUGGAAUGAUCCACCCGUAUUUUUGGGGAACGGAACCCAUCGGUUCAGAGGUGACGGAGGAAGUGAGAAAACAAAUGGUGGAUGGAUGGUGGAAAUUCGUGUGUCCGUCGGAUAAAGGGUCCGAUGACCCGUGGAUCAACCCGUUUACAGACGGUUCGCCGGAGAUUGACGGGCUGGAGUGUGAGGGAGUGAUGAUUAUCGUGGCGGAGAAAGAUAUACUGAGAGAGAGAGGGAAGAUGUAUUAUGAGAGAUUGGUGAAGAGCAAGUGGAGAGGCAAAGCAGAGAUAAUGGAGACAAAAGGGAAAGAUCAUGUCUUUCAUAUUUUCGAGCCUGAUUGUGAUGAAGCUAUGGAGAUACUACGACGCUUAGCUUUGUUCAUCAACCAAGUUGAAACUUGA